AUCUCUCUCUCUCUAACGCUGUGUUGUGUUUUUAUUUCGUUAAAGAAGAAAGAAGGCUAAGUAUUAUUUUUUGGCGUCUCUCCACACAAACACACGAUUUGACGCAUCCCAGAGACGCCUCGUGAGAGAGAAGAAGAGAGAUCGAGAUCGACUCGUGAAUCCCAUUUCCCCUUCCGCUAGAUUCUCUCUUCCGUGUUUCUUUUUUUCUUUGUCGUCUUCCUCCUCUGCUCUCUCAUCACUAUUCGUAGCCAUGGUUGGUGCUUGUUACGCAUCUCCGUUAUGCACCUGGUUCGUCGCCGCUUGCAUGUCCGUCUCUCACGGAGAUUCCCGACAAUCCGCCGUCGCUCUCAAAUCUACCGGGCGGAGUCGUCGAAGCAGACAGCUCACCACCACCAAAUGCUCUGCCUUUUCUGGAUCCGGAACCAUUCACCCGGCUCUCGUUAAUAAUCACAACAAUGCCUUUUCUUCUCUGUUCGGAUCGAACACUGUUUCUCUCAAUCGGAACCAGACGAGAUUGAAUCGACCAGCUAGUUCCGGUGGAGCCAUGGCUGUUGCGAUGGAUAUGGAAAAGGAAGCCAAGGUUGAUAUGAAACCUCCUACAGAGCAGCGCCGGGUUGUUGUGACAGGGAUGGGAGUUGAAACAUCGCUAGGUCAUGACCCCAAUACCUUUUAUGAGAAUUUGCUACAAGGCAACAGUGGUAUUAGCCAGAUUGAGAAUUUUGAUUGUUCUGAAUUUCCUACGAGAAUUGCGGGAGAGAUCAAGUCCUUCUCGACUGAAGGAUGGGUUGCUCCAAAACUCUCUAAGAGGAUGGACAAGUUCAUGCUCUAUCUUCUUACUGCUGGCAAGAAAGCUUUGGUUGAUGGUGGCGUAACUGAAGAAGUAAUGGCAGAGUUUGACAAAACCAAAUGUGGAGUUUUGAUUGGCUCUGCAAUGGGAGGCAUGAAGGUCUUUCAAGAUGCUAUUGAAGCUAUGAAGAUCUCUUACAAGAAGAUGAAUCCUUUUUGUGUACCUUUUGCAACAACAAACAUGGGUUCUGCUAUGCUUGCUUUGGAUCUGGGAUGGAUGGGGCCAAACUAUUCUAUUUCAACUGCUUGUGCAACAAGCAACUUUUGCAUUCUGAAUUCAGCAAACCACAUUAUUAAAGGGGAAGCUGAUGUAAUGCUCUGUGGUGGCUCAGAUUCAGUUAUUAUUCCAAUAGGGUUGGGAGGUUUUGUUGCAUGCCGUGCUCUUUCACAAAGGAAUAAUGAUCCCACAAAAGCUUCACGCCCUUGGGACAGCAACCGAGAUGGUUUCGUGAUGGGAGAGGGAGCUGGAGUUUUGCUUUUGGAAGAACUUGAACAUGCUAAGAAAAGAGGAGCAACUAUCUAUGCAGAGUUCCUUGGUGGGAGUUUCACAUGUGAUGCCUACCACAUGACCGAGCCUCGCCCUGAUGGGGCUGGUGUCAUUCUGUGUAUCGAGAGAGCGUUAGCUGAUGCUGGGAUUUCAAAGGAACAGAUCAACUAUAUAAAUGCACAUGCAACCUCAACACCAGCUGGAGACCUUAAGGAAUACCAAGCCCUUGCUCGCUGUUUUGGCCAAAAUCCUGAGCUAAAAGUAAAUUCCACAAAAUCUAUGAUUGGGCACUUGCUGGGAGCUGCUGGGGCCGUAGAAGCUGUCGCAACUGUGCAGGCAAUAAGGACAGGAUGGGUUCAUCCAAAUAUCAACCUCGAGAGUCCAGACAAUGGAGUGGAUACAAAUUUGCUGGUGGGUCCUAAGAAGGAGAGAUUGAACAUUAAAGCAGCAUUGUCAAAUUCUUUCGGGUUUGGUGGCCAUAACUCCAGCAUCAUUUUUGCUCCUUACAAGUGAAAGCAAUCAUUGCUCGUACUCCAAACCUGGUUGUAUAACUUGCUGUAAGUGUCUACAAGAACUCCCCAUGAUAUGUUGGUGCGGGAAUCAACACAGUUUGUUAAACUACCAAGAGCUAAGCUAAGUUUUUUAGGAUCAAGAUCUGAGGUGCUAGAGAACUUGGACAAGAGCAAACGUAGCAGAGUUUGGAUUUGCCUUUCGUGUGAUACUUUUUGAGUGGAAUCUUUGUAGCCUUUUUUUUUGUAGUAUUUCAUUUCACUAUUGUUGAUCAUACUCUCUGAAAAAUGCCAAACCAAUUCUCUGUUAAAUUUAGUAACUCUUCACAGUUAUUAUCAAUGCCUCUGGACUUUGCUUAACAUGUCUUGGGAAACUAAUCAUCAUUUAAAUUGUUAAAAAUCUUUCCAGUUGUCCAA